CCAAAGCGAAGGGGGGUAAAGGGUAAAAAGGUCAAAAGUGGAAGCUCCAGCUUUUCACGCAGCUGUCUCGCCGCCACCGGUCCCCACCGCCCCGGCCGCCCGCGAUCCUCCCGUGCCCCGCCGCGAUGGCUGCCGCCGGCAAGCCCUACCCCGCCGCGCCGCCGCAGGCGCCGUCGGCGGCGAAGGGGGUCUUCAUGCGCCGCAUCUUCCCCUUCCUCCUCGCGACCAACGUCUUCAUCGGAGUUUAUGUAUUUGCAAAGACCUACAAAAGAGACCAGGACAAGAAAAAUGCUGGGGCCGCCGCUGCGGCUGCGGCUGCUGCAGCAUUGUCGUCCCCAACAAUUGCAACUUCCAAGGCUGCAGAUCCUAUCCCUCCACCGGCACCCGAAAGGGUUCUCCCACCAAUAUCUGAAGAAGAGCAGCGACAGGUGUACAAGUGGAUGCUGGAAGAGAAGCGGAAGAUCAAACCACGCAGCUCCGCUGAGAAGAAAAAGAUCAAUGAGGAGAAAGCUCUUCUCAAGGAGUUCAUCCGGGAAGAGUCUCUCCCUAGGUUGUGAUGAUUGCACCAAUUGCCUUGUUGGUCUCGAAUGUCUGAAACUACUCGCCUUGUAAGCUGGCACAAGCAGUAGCAUUUUUUGUAGUCGCAUAUCUCAUCAUUCGAUAACCAAAAGGUGGGGUUAUCCUAGUUUCCUGGGAACUGUUUCCUGGCGACCAAAAAUUACCUUGGUCGGGGAUACCCAGGAGACGUUUCUCAAGAAGCGAAUUGCUGUCGUCGAGUGUUUUUGCCCAUUUGAUCUGCUGUCAACGUUUAUGCCUGGCGAUUCUGAUGUAAGAUGUGAAUUCAGCUAUUCAGCCAAAUAUCUAUGUUUCCUUGUUGAAUA